UUUGUUGACAUUUCAAAUUUUCAAUACAAGAGAUAACAAAAUGAAAAGAAUAUACAGUCUAACACUGUCACUAUUUCUUCAAUUUCAUCUUCUUUUCGCUUUAUCAGAAAAUCAUUAUGGUGAUUGUGAGCCCAGAAAAUGUGGGAAUCAAAUCAUAAAGUAUCCAUUUCAUAUACAAAAUGAUCAAAAACCAUAUUGUGGGCAUCCUGGUUUUGGGGUGUCCUGCAAUUCUGACAGUUUUCCUGUGUUCAAUAUAUCAGGAGAUGCUUAUAUUAUUAAAAAUAUUUCUUAUGAAAGUCAGAAGUUUCAAGUCAUAAACUCAGCUCUUGUUAAAGAGGUUCCGAGUAGCCAGGGUUGUUUCCAUUCUCUUCAUAAUCUGUCGAUACAGAAUGAUCUGAUGAAGUUCUCGACGUAUCAUGAUUAUGUAUACGUGUUUCCUGAUUGUCCAGAGAAGGUUUUGAAAGAAUACAGGGAUAAAAGAGUGAAUUGUGGGAGUUUGGCAAUGUAUAAGAAUGACUCAAAAUUGCAGGAUUUGGAGAAAAAGUGCAAAGGAGUUGUUAUUAAAGUUCCUUAUAAUAAUGAGGGUCAGACUAAAGGCAAAGUUAUGGAUAUGCUUGAAAGGGGAGUGUUGUUGAACUGGAAAGCCUAUAAUUGUACUGCCUGCUUAGAAACUGGAGGGCAGUGUGGGUUUGAUGAGCCUAAUAAUCAAUUCAAUUGUUUCUGUCUUGAUCGAACUCAUGCUCUUCAUUGUCCUCCAAUUCAACAGGUUCAUAGAGAUGCUUAUAUUAUUAAAAAUAUUUCUUAUGAAAGUCAGAAGUUUCAAGUCAUAAACUCAGCUCUUGUUAAAGAGGUUCCGAGUAGUCAGGGUUGUUUCCAUCCUCUUCAUAAUCUGUCGAUACAGAAUGAUCUGAUGAAGUUCUCGACGAAUCAUGAUUAUGUAUAUGUGUUUCCUGAUUGUCCUGAGAAGGUUUUGAAAGAAUACAGGGAGAAAAUAGUGGAAUGUGGGAAGUUGGCAGUCUACAAAAAUGACUCAAAAUUGCAGGAUUUGAAGAAAAAGUGUAAUGGAGUUGUUAUUGAAGUGCCUUACUAUGAUGAGGGUCAGACUAAAGGCAAAGUUAUGGAUAUGCUUGAAAGGGGAGUGUUGUUGAACUGGAAAGCCUAUAAUUGUACUGCCUGCUUAGAAACUGGAGGGCAUUGCGGGUUUGAUGAGCCUAAUAAUCAAUUCAAUUGUUUCUGUCCUGAUCGAACUCAUUCUCUUUUUUGUACUUCAUCGCAGCCUCCUAUUCAAGAACCUUGGAUUGCAAGAGUCAGUUCACUCUCAGUUGUAUUAGGUUCAUCACUUGGGGCUGUGGUUUUGGUCACUUUAAUCGUCAUCAUUAUUUGUGGAAAACGAAGACAACGAACAAAAAGAUUUACAGCUCUGUGGAAUAAAGGGACUGCAAUGAACCAAAAUGUGGAAGCUUUUCUAAAAAGCUAUGGAUCUUUAGCCCCAAAAAGAUACACCUAUAGAGAGAUAAGGAAAAUGACCAGUAAUUUCAAACACAAACUUGGUGAAGGAGGCUACGGUGCUGUUUACAAAGGAAACCAACAUGACAGUCGUUUGGUGGCCGUAAAGAAGUUAAAGAAGUUGGAAGGUGAUGGAGAUGAUUUUAUCAACGAGGUUGUAAGCAUGGGUAGAACUAAUCAUGUCAACAUUGUGACCCUCUUAGGCUUUUGUUUUGAAGGAAACAAACGAGCUCUUGUCUUUGAGUUCUUGCCCAACGGAUCUCUUGAAAAGUUUAUAUAUAGUUCAGCAAGUGGUCAGUCGUUGCCAUCAAAUACAUUAUACAGCAUUGCGGUUGGAAUUGCCAAGGGACUUGACUACUUGCAUAGAGGUUGUAAUACGCGAAUUUUACACUUUGACAUUAAGCCUCAUAAUAUACUUCUUGAUGAAGAGCUCCGUCCAAAGAUUUCAGACUUUGGUUUGGCUAGACUGUGUUGUCCAAAGGAAAGUUUGAUAUCAAUGUCAGAAGCAAGAGGGACAAUUGGUUACAUUGCCCCAGAAGUUUUCUGCAGAAAUUUUGGUGGCGUUUCUCAUAAAUCAGAUGUUUAUAGCUACGGAAUGAUGCUCCUAGACAUGGUAUGUGGUCGGAACAAUGUAGUUGCUGAAGCACAGCGUACUAGUGAUAUGUAUUUCCCUGAUUGGAUAUACCGUCGAUUGGAGCUCAGAGAUGAAAUUGAGAACGAUGGGAUAAUAGAAGAUGAUGAAGCGAAGCAAUUACAAAGAAAGAUGAUUUUGGUGGGCUUAUGGUGUAUACAAUCAUAUCCUUCAAAUCGACCACCUAUGAACAGAGUUUUAGAAAUGCUAGAAGGUCAACUGGAGUCACUAAAAGUGCCACCAAAGCCACAUAUAUCAUGUCCUCCAAAUCCAGUAUUUGAUCCUUCCGAAAAUUCUAUGUUAAGCAUGGGAAACUAGAUUCUUCAAGGUUUGCUACCUUUAUGUAAAACUUAAGUUUACCAGCUGGGUGGUGUUGCUAAACUAGAAGCCAAGAUUAGCAUGACCAUAUUUAAAAAUUUGGUCCAACUAACAGAAUAUCAUUAAGGAUUAUCUCUAAGAGUUUAAGCUCUAAAAGGGCUGUUGUAAUACUUGUAAAUAUGUAAUCCUGUUUAUAAGUUUUGAAUUUUUGAUGUUCAGGUGACCAGCUUAUAUUCUAAUGAGCUUUUUUUUUUUUUUUUUUUUUUUGACAGGAAAUUCAAUUGGCCAUUUACUAACAUACGAAGUGCAAUGCAAGCUCGUUUACUUCCCUGGGAACUUCUUCUUAGCACCCUCUCCUCUUUAUAUUUCUUCAUUUUUUUUGUGUUUUUUGCAUUUAGCCAAAAAGGAAUCUCAAAUCAGGGAAGCAGAGUACACUAAAAAAAAUGCAAAAUCCAAAUCCAAAAAAAAUCCAAUCCUGACACUUCAAGCUAGAGGGACUAUACAAGAAGUAAUAAUAAAAGUUACAAAGUUCUUCGUAUAAAACAAUACUACAAGUGUUAAACCAUUUCCAAUUUUGAAGUGAUCAGUUUAACUAAACCAUGGACAACCAUGUUUCAAACAUUUGAGAUAAGCAAAACUAAUAUGAACAAAUCAAAAACGAUUGUAAAUUUAAAGCAGAAUCUCCUUCCACCACCUCCACAAUGCUGUCCCCAUAAAUACAAUCAUAACAACUGAAAUAUAUACUUUGUAUAUGGUAUACUAAAUACGAAGUAUAAAACUAAUCCAAAAGGAAAAAAAAAA